AUGGAUAAUCAUAAUACUUCUUCAAUAUUAUCUCAAAAAGAAAAUCAACUAGAAGAAGAAUCAUUAAAUUCUAAUCGAUUACCAAGAACUUCACGAAGAUCAUCAAGAAAAAAUAUUGCUACAGAACAUUUUAAUUCUUCUGAUAUUCCAAUUAAAUCAAGUGGUAAAUCAAUUAUUGUUAUUACAAUUGAAGAAAAUCCCAAACGUGAAAAACGUGAAUUAAAUCAUCUUAAUGAUCGUUUUGCUUCGUAUAUUGAACGUGUACGUUUUUUGGAAGGUCAAAAUAAAACAAUUCAACUUGAAAUAAAUCAACUACGUGAAAAAUUAAAUUCACGAAUAACCAAAGUAAAAGAAAAAUAUGAAAAUAAAAUAUCUGAAGUUCGUCAAACUAUUGAUAAUACAGUGAAAGAUCAUGCUACAGUUUAUCUUCGUGCUAAACAUGCUGAAGAAAAUACAUUAAAAUUUAAAGACAAAUGUGAUUCAUUAUUAGCUGUAAGAGAUUCUGAUCGUAAACAAAUUGAAUUUUUACAAAAACAAUUGUUUGAUAAUGAAGCAGAUCUUAAUUUAAUUCAUCGUCGUUUAACCGAUUUAGAAGAUGAACAAAAACGUUGUCAUAUUGAAUCAAAACAACUUCUAUUAGAUAUUCAACGUAUAAAAAAUGAUUUAAAUGAUGAAAUAAUAUCUCGAAUACAAUUAGAAAAUCAAAAAGAAAAUCUUGAAAAAGAAAUUGAAUUUUUAAAAGAUAUACAUUUACAUGAAAUAGAAGAAUUAAAACAAAUUAAUUUAAAUAAUACUUCAACAUUAAAUCCAACGAAAUUUUUUCAAUAUGAAUUAUCAAAUGCUAUAAAAAAUAUUCGACAAGAAUAUGAACAACUUAAUUUUCAUCAACGACAUGAACUUGAAUCAUGGUAUCAAUCAAAAGUUACACAAGCUAUAAAAGAAGUUCAAGCUAGUGAAAAACCAAAAAAAAAUAUUCUUGAACAAGAAGAAAUUCAAAGAUUACGAACAUUAGUUUCAAAUUCACAACAAGAUAUUACUACAAUCCAUCAACGAAAUGAAGAAUUAGAAAAUCGUAUUCGAGAAUUAGAAGAUCUUAUUAAAAUUGAACGAAAUGAAAAUAUUCGAGCAUCAAAUGAACGAAAUCAAAAAUUAAAAGAAUUAAAAGAUCGUCUUGUAGAUUUAGCACGAAAUUAUGAUGAACUUAUUUCAAUGAAAAUAUCACUUGAUUCAGAAAUUUCUAUUUAUAGAAAAUUACUUGAAGGUGAAGAGAAAAGAGAAGGCUUAAAACGAAUAGCUGAAAAUGUUGAACACCAAAUACAAGCUAAUUUUCCUGCUACUAGUGGUGAAUCAAUCACUUAUUCACAAUCUUAUCAAAGAAAAAAUGAUAGUCAAGAAAACCAAGAUCGGUCAUAUGCUGAUGAUCGUGAAAAUACAUUGAACAAAGAAACACCUUAUUUAUCGCCAAUAUCUUCAUCAUCUAAUAAUAAUAAUAUUCAAAACAAUGAUGAACCGAUACAAACGCCUAUGCAUGAAGAAUUUGUUCAACUUCAAAAUCUGAAUGCAUCAUCUGAACGUAAUUCUGAUUAUGAUUCAUCAAAAGAAGAUUCUCAUGAACAACAUGAUCAUUUAUAA